UAGGGUUGGGCAGUCUCAUGAUCAGCCUUCGAGUUUGUGUUUUUAUAUUCUCGUGUGGAGGUCUGAGGGAUUAGAUUGUAGGAAGAGAGAAAUCCAGCAUCUUAAAAUUUCCACUGUUAAGAAUCCAUAGUUUCAGAAAGAAAAAGAAGAGCGCGUUUCUUGGCAUAAAACCAACGUGAAAAAACUGCCAUUUGUAGCCAAAAGAAAGGAGUGGUUUUAUCAAAGCCACUAAUUUCCAUGCACACUCUCUUUUAAAGAUCAACCCACCAACCAACCUCUUCAAACCCACGAGCUCUCUCUUUCUCUCUCUCUUUUUCUCUACUUUCACUGUCCUCUCUGCAAAUUCAUGGCGAUUUUUCAGGUUUGAUGAUGGAAUGACUGAAAUAGUGGGGUUUUAAAGAGCCAAAAGCAUAUAGAAAGAGAACCCACUAAAGUAAAAGGGAGAAAGAGAGAGACCAAUAGUGUCACUUCACUGAUCAUUCACCAUUCACCGUUCAGCACCGCUCCACUAUUUUGUUUUCUUGAAAAUAGAAGAAAAGAUUAGUAGAGAAGAAAAUUCCUGAGAAAAAAAAAGAGAAAGGGGCUAAACAAAACUACAAAACCUCGUUCCCUCUUACUGCUGCUGGUGUCUGGUGCAUGCACGUCUGGUCUCUUGAUCAUGACUUGUGAGGGUCUCUUUGCAUGUCGGUUCUGUAAGGUCAGUGAUUCUUGCUGAGGAUUUAGAGCGAGAAAAACGGGGAAAAAGCGUGUCCUUUCUUUCCCUCUUUUCCUUUGUUUUUGCUCUCUCCUUAGAAAUGGAGCUUACAGAGCUAUAGCUAUACCACAACAACGAGAGAAAGCCAGAGAGGUGCUUCAUGGAUCCUCUUGUCUUUCUCAUUUGCAGGUUUAAUAAAAAUGGUGGUUUUUACUGUAUUUGUACCAUCUCUACUCUUUUCCCUUUCUAUUCCUAAUAUAAACUUUCAAUCAAAUCACCAUUUCACCAAUUUCUGCUAUUUUUUGGAGCUUCAAGUUUGUUUUGAUGGAAUCCGUGGUUAUUUUUGGUGGGUGUGUAAUAGUCUAAGAGAUGCUAAGAAAGAGAUCCAGAGUAACAAGCAGUAAGGAAGCUCUGAUGGCAGACUACAGUUCAGUUCCAUCUCCAACGGACAAAUUUAGAAAUCCCAAUUCAUUUCCAAGGUUGUUCACUGGGUUCACCUUCAAGAAUUUAUCUGAAACAGCUGAAGGUGUAAUGAGUCCAACUUCAAUUCUUGAUAGUAAACCUUUUUCUGGCUUUAGAAAUCCUUUCUUGCCUGACCCUACGCCGAACCCGACACCUAAAACCCCGGAAUUUGAAACCAGACGCACCUGGGAUAAGCUGGACUCCAAAGGCAUCGGUCUUGGCAUCGUUGAUGCUCUUAAUGGUGAUAAAACUGAACCCAAUUUGUCAAAACCCGAAAGCAGAAUGGUUUUGUUCGGGUCACAGUUAAAGAUCCAGGUUCCUCCUUUGCCUCCAUUUCUUUCACCAACAGACCAAUCUCCUAAAUCUCCUGCUGAUUUUGGAAUCAAAACAAGGAAUUCUCAACUGGGUUCUUUCUCUUCUGGGUUAUUUCACUCUCCAGUCAAGAAAUCAUUAUGCAGUUCAGCUAAUUCCGGUGUGGACAAUACGAAUUCACCACCACGGGUUUUUACCGGGUGUCUUUCUGCUAGUGAAAUGGAACUUUCCGAGGAUUACACCUGUGUGAUAUCUUAUGGUCCUAAUCCAAGAACUACUCAUAUAUUUGAUGAUUGCAUUGUUGAAAGCUGCUGUGGAGUUGUUGGGUUUUCUGCUUCAAUGGCAGAGGCUAAUAGGUUUUUGGGUAAUGGGUCAAGUUAUCCAUCAGAGAAUUUCUUAAGCUUCUGUUAUGCUUGCAAGAAGAAUCUUGGGCAGGGAAAAGACAUUUACAUGUACAGAGGUGAAAAAGCAUUUUGCAGCCGGGAAUGCCGGUAUCAAGAGAUGCUAUUAGAGGAACAAUUAGAUAAGCUGGAGGCAGAGGAUGUCUAUGGAACUUGUUCAUGAAACUUUUUAGCAGUUUUAUUUUGUCUGAAACGGGCAGCCAACCAAGAACCAAACCCAAAUAUUUCCCUAAUGGUAGACUUUGUACUAGAGAAUGUUCUGAUUAUCAAAUUUUUACUUCAAAUGGAAGACAGAUUAUUAUUAAGCAACCAAAGAAAAUGGUUUCUUGAAUCUGUUUUCAGUUUUUAUUUUAUAUGAUUAUUUUUCUAGUUCUAGUCCUAUUCCCUUUUGAAGAAUUUGAGGGACUGAAACUCUGGAAAGCUGAAAACUCUGUGUAGGUUUUUGAUCUUGUUUAAUUAACAAAGUGAUAAUUAGAUGAUUGCUUGUCUACA